AUGGCUUCCGAAGAAAAUGGUUCGCACUUUGGGGCAUCGAGUGCAAACAUGCAACAACUUGAAGAGUUCAGUAUCGAGGAGACCGCACAGACAAUGAAGUCUCAUGCACCAGGAUUGUGGGGAUUGCUUGGGACUCUACUCGGCGAGGAUGAGAGGUUGGGAAGUAAUGAAGACGUGGUCAUGAGCGAUGUGGAAGAAGCUGUCAAUAAAAAGGUCGUGAUUUUGAGUAUCAUGAUGCAGAGUACGAACUGGAAAUCCAAUGCACUACAGAGCAUCAUCAGGAUAUUCUUGCAGUCGAUGCACACACCGCAAAAUGUCGUCGACACUCUUGCUCGCAUCGGAAUAUCAAUAUCUACAGACACCAUUCAUGCUGCAGUGAAAUCUAUGUCAGCCGAAUCACAAAAUGCGAUGCGAGAACUUGGUCAGAGUCUCCUCAUGUCAUAUGCCUAUGACAAUUUUGAUGUUGACCUCAAAUCUCACCUUCCUGUCGCGGAAAAAUCAAAUGAUUCACUGAAACACCUUACCUCCAGCCUGAUGUUUCCACUGUGA